AUGCUGGCUCAGACAUGCGUGGCUAUCGUGGCCUUGCUCGGUCUUGGUCGUGCCAAGCCUACAACCAGAGUGCUGCAGCAUGACGAUGUUAUUGUUGCUGGUAGUGAUGGCUCGGUUGUUGUAAUGAAGGACUACGAAUAUGAGCUCAAAGAGGCACGCGAGACUCUGCAAGGCAGAAUGGUCGACCCCGUCCGCGUUGCAACCAGACAAGAGAGCCACGCAAACCAACGUCGAUGUGACGAGAGUGUAGAGUAUCAAGUGCUGUCGGACACGAACUUCAAUGACUGGGAUGUUGCAAUGUCGCCAGUCGUGGGAAACAUCGGCUCGACUGGCGCUUCAGUGGCCGUAACCAAAGGAUAUUCAGUUGCCAACAGUGCCUACGGAAAUAACGUGAUCUCGCGGUCCUUCCUGGAGACUUUACUUGGCGUCGACAUGCCAGGCAAAGGGACUUGGACUUGGACAACGAGUGAUGACCAGACGUUUACGUUCCAGGUCCCCCAGGGGCAGUACGGGCUUGUCGUCAGCAACCCGUACAUUCGUCGCGUCACGGGAAACUAUAUCUCGGGAUGCGUGGACUCCCCGAGCUACGAGCCGUGGCAGACGACCACGUACUCGACACAGGAGUACACUGGGAUGCAAUGGGUCACUGGACCCAUUCGACUUUGCAAUAGCACAGCCUACCCGGUCCCGUACUGUGUUGGAUCGGGGACACACGCAUAG